AUGCGCAUUUCCUUCGUUGCCCUUGGCCUGUUCGCCGGCUCUGUCCUGGCCGAGCGCCAGCACCUUCUGUACGAGUCGCAGCGCCUUAUCAAGGUCAGCGAGGGCGCCAAACCGCGCUGGGUCAGCAUCGACGAUAUCCUGGUUCUGCGCCGCACCGGCGUCAAGUUUGUCGACAUCACCGACGUCCAGGAGCUGUACGAGCCCAAGUCGGACUUUAGCGGCGCCAGCUACAUCUCGAAGCUGCCCGACUCGCUGGCCCACGGGUCCGAGGUCAAGAAGGCCACGGCGGACCUGACCACACAGCUGUACGGCGACGUGCUGACGCCCUUCACAGCCUUCCACAACCGGUACUACGACUCGGAGAAUGGCCGCAAGUCGUCCGAGUGGCUCCAGGGCCAGGUUUCGGCGCUGGUUGAGGCGUCCAAGGCAAACGUCACUGUCCGUGCGUUCCCCCACCGCUUCCCGCAGUCAUCGAUCAUCGCGCGCGUUGAGGGCACGGGCGCCAAUGCCGAUGAGACCGUGGUUCUUUCGGCCCACCAGGACUCUGUCAACCAGUGGAUUCCGUGGUUCGGCCGGGCCAACGGCGCCGACGACGACGGCUCGGGCACUGUCACCAUCCUCGAGGCCUUCCGUGUGCUGCUGAAGCGCGGCUUUGCGCCCUCGCGCUCUGUCGAGUUCCACUGGUACGCCGGCGAGGAGGGCGGCCUGCUGGGCUCGCAGGACAUUGCGCUGUCGUACCAAAAGGCCAAGCGCAAGGUCGUCGCCAACCUGCACUUUGACAUGACUGGCUUCUGGAGGGGCUCCGAAGUCAUUGGCCUGGUGUCUGACCGCACUGACGCCGAGACGCGCAAGCUGACCAAGCUGCUGGCCGAGACCUAUACCAAGUUCAAGACCCAGGAGUUUGCCUGUGGAUACGGCUGCUCUGACCACGCUAGCUGGAAUAAGGCUGGGUACCGGUCUGCCAUGGCCUUUGAGUCUGCCGAGUUGGAGGCCAACACAAACGUCCACUCGCCGCGCGAUACUGUCGAGACUCUGGACUUUGACCACAUGCUCGAGUUCUCAAAGCUUGCGGUUGCCUUUGCCUACGAGGUCGGCUAUGCCAAGUAAUACACAUGGCUCCUGCCAAUGUCGUUACGAGUUUCAUAUUGUUUGCUUUUUGCACAUCCAGACCCAGACUUUGAGGUUUUCCCAUGUCAUAAUAGACUUUGAUCACACCGCUC